AUGGCAGCGUCUUACAAAUCGGGAAGCGUAGAUACACUAGACGGGUAUCCUUCACUUCAAACCGACAAAGCAGGUCCAUCUACACCCCGCACCUCUCGAGCGUGCUCAUCAUGUAGUCAACAAAAGCUUAAACUUAGUGGAGCCAAACCUCUAAGAGGGAGGAUGAGAGGUAAGCGUAAAGUGCCAGAUCCGACAAACAUCACCGAACUUUCGUUGGGAAUACUGAGCAAAGGGGAUUCUUAUGGUAUGUUACCACCGGAAAAGCCGACUAUGGAUUAUGUUCGGUGGAAACGAAACACAACUAUCUCCGGAACAGUGCCCACCAAUUCGACUAUUUGGAAGAAGCAUACACCAGCCGGACCACAUAAAUUGCGCAAUCUGAUUGGGAAAAGAUUGAGGUCGGAGAUGGAAGAUCAUCCAGAAAUGGAGCCAUUAGUCGCCGAGAAACGAAUCAAUGCGCCAGAUCCACAGGCUCCAGCAGAUGUCGUCGACAGACUCACUUCGUUACCUCUACCUGGGGAUCGAAAUCCUUUAGCAGUCUUGGCAGAAGCAAGUGCAGCAGUCUCUGCUGGUAAAGGCGAUAUCGAGCCUCGGAUCGUCUCAAGCGCAGUAUCUUCAGGCGAGAGAGAUGGGUAUUAUGCACCUUUACAUAGAACUUUGAAAGACGAAGCACCUCACAUAAUGACCUUCAUCAGUGCGACCGAAGCCGAAAAGCUUUUCGAGUUAUACUUUUCUUAUCUGCAUCCCCAUCUUCCUUUGCUUGAUGCGACACACUCCUCACCCUCAAUUGUCGCCCGACGCAACAACUUCCUCUUCAAUGCCAUCUGUUGCGCUAGUGCUAAAGCUAGAGAUCCCUUUCUAUGGACGCGUUUAUCCGAAUUUGCACAUUACGAGAUGGAACGGUUGCCGAAGGAGAAAAAUAUUGACGUCGUGCAAGGCCACUUGAUAUACACGAUGUGGAAUCUGCAUCGACCAAAGCAUUUCGAGCUUGAUAUGACCUGGUUGAGAGUUGGAAUGGCAGUGCGAACGGCUAUGGACAUCAAUUUACAUCGAGUUGCUUUGUCAUCACAAGCUAGGGAAGGACUGCCUGUUUGGGUUUUACGGGCCAUAGUCAGUACAUGGCUAAGUGUAUACAUUGUGGAUCGUACCAUGUCGGCCCAAUUUGGGAAAUCGUCCACCAUGUACGAUGAGCACUCGAUCCAAGCAUACAUAACAUUGUUGCGACCGUCACCUCAAGCGGAAAGCUCCUCCUCGUCACGCGAAGAUCUGUGGAUAGCUGCUCUGGCGGAAUGGACUCAGACAUUUGCUCAGAUUGUCGAAAAACACAGAUCGGAAGUGAUUGAAAACACAUCAGACUCAUCGAACAAUGGCUCAUCCUCGACAACCCAAUCCGCUCAGGGUGCAAUUCUCGCAUCGGCAACAAAUCAUAAAGCCGUCCAGCAGUUCCAUGAAUGGCGCCAGCAAGCGGAAGUAUCAAUCCGAUCAUGUGAUCAGACAAAUUACGGGUUUAUGAAUAGCAAUAAGCGAUCCAGUAAGACGCGACCUGCCUCGCUCUUUCUGCCAUUCACAAUGGCAAAUAUUCGCCUAUACCAGCAAUAUGCCGACCUUGUUGUACAUUCGUUCUCAUUAGAAAGGCUGGCUGGUUCAUCGCGCGGGGAUCUGACUGUCACCGUAAUCGAGCUGCAGUCUGCAGCGAUUCAACUUAUCCAGACAUACCAUGCUUCCUUUGACGCUAUAGCUCACACUCGUCAUGGCUGUCCAGACACCCUUCAUAACUUUGUAAUUUAUGCGGCUGUAUCGUUGUUGCGUAUCUUACGACCUCGCUUUCUGCCAAGCUCGAGCGACUCGAUCAACAGCCAUGGUGUUUUUGUACAUCAGCUCCUAGCCGCCAAGAGGGCUACCUUCAGCAGCGAAAAUGAUACAAGCGAAGCUCAGGCGCACACGUUUGGUCCCUUGCCGAUGAAAGAACAUCAAAAUAACACCGAGGACACCUUCUCAGCCAGCGUUUACCGCACGACAAAAUUAGGACACUCCGGAAACAAGGUCGAUGAUGUUCAAAAUCACUCCAUCUGGCCACCCUUACCGGAUAACGCCUUGAAUCCACUUGUUGCGUAUCUGGAAACAUUGUUCCCCUCGUUUGAUGAUGUGUCAGAUUUCAUGUUCUCAUCCCAGCGAGGAUCGAAUGAGCAAGAUUGGGUCUUGCCGUCAUGA